GUAUCCAGGUGAGGGAGGGGUUGAAGGUGGAGUGCCACAAGCAUGCAUUACCCUCCCUGUCUGAGAGUUCACACAGCAGCUGCUGAUCAGCACAGGGAGAGCUGCAGGCUGGACUCCCACUGCCCAGCUGAUCGCUGCAGUUUGAGGCAUUUCAUGGCUGGGUCCCUGGGCUGAGCAGGACUCACUGAGGCUGGGUGAGGGUGAAUGAGGGUGCAGCCUGGAGACCAGGGAUUUGGCAGAACCUCAACAGCUAAAACAAACACCAUGAAUGCAGAGGACUUUAGGAGAGUGGCCAUAAGGAGGAAAUCCAACCCUCAGAUUGGGACCAGGGCCCUCACUGUGCACCUAGGGAGUGAGAAGGAGCAGGAGUUUGGUGGGAGCAUCAACUGUCCCCGAAUUCUUCCUGUUUGGAAACCCAUCACGACAAGCACAGACCCACUGGUGGAGCAGGAAGCAAAAAAUGACGGAUUUUACAGAUCAAGAGUGAAAGACCUGAUCAGAAUUACAGAGGGAUCUCCAAAACCAAGAGUUCCACCGAAACCUACAGAUUUGCCACCAUCACCAUACAAACACAGCAGCCCAAUCUCACAAACCGUCCCCCGGAGAAGGCUGAUGAUGGAUGAAGGUAGUCCCACCCCAAGCAAGAUCUCGGAUCUCAUCAGUAGGUUUGAGAAUUGCAGUCCCAGUGAAAUAAAGAAGGAGAUGUCAAGCGAUUUGAACAAUGGAUCCAAUCACAGAACUGUAGCAAAGGUUGUUCUUCAACCCAGAUCUUUUAUGGAACAUCCCCUUCUUCGGAAGCAAUCUGAGAGUCUAGAACUGACUCUGGAUGAACGGAUACCUACAUCCAAUGGGAUAGACCAAGGUAUUGAUGUGGACUCUGUGGAUACAAUUCUUCCUUCUCCUGACAUUCAGUCUUCUUCUCUAGAGACACCAAUUCUACAGCCUUUACGUCCUCCUCCUCCACCUCCCUCUGGAAAAAGGCCUUUUACCCCAUCAUUGGACGACUCUAACGAUGAGACUUUAAUAAAUGGAGAGCAUCUUGGAACUCCUAGUGACUUAUCAUCAAAACCUACUUGUGAAGGACAUGUUAAUAUUGGCUUUCAGGAAACAGAGGAAACUAUUACAAUACAAACAGUAGAAAAUAAUUUGGAAGAGAAACACCUCAGCGACACAUUAAACAAACCUGAAGAACCUAAGUUGACAAAUGAGCAGAAACUUUAUAACAUCGCCAACGAGCUCCUGGAGACGGAGAGGGCGUACGUCAGCAGGCUCGACCUUCUGCAGACCUUCAAUGACGCAUUAGAGAAAGAGGCCAAUAAAGGUUCUUUCCCAACAGAAGUUCCGAAAACCAUAUUCUCCAACAUUAAAUCUAUACACAGUUUCCAUAAAGAAUUUCUGCUACCGGACUUGGAAAAUCGAAUGAAAGACUGGUCGGCCAACCCUAGAAUAGGAGAUAUAUUGCAAAAGCUGUCUCCGUUUUUGAAGAUGUAUGCAGAAUACAUUAGGAACUUUGAUAACGCCAUGGAAAUGUUGAAAACCUGGACGGAACGUUCCGCGCAGUUUAAACAUGUGAUUGACGAAAUCCAGAGAGAUGAUAAAUGUGCCAGUUUAACCCUUCAGCAUCACAUGUUGGGGCCGGUCCAACGUGUGCCGCGAUAUGAAAUGCUCCUAAAAGAUUAUCUGCGGAAACUCCCGCAAGACUCGCUGGACCGCAGAGAUUCAGAAAAGUCCUUAGACAAUAUUUCAACAGCAGCAAGCCACUCAAAUACAGCGAUUCGGAGAGCGGAGAAUUUAAAGAAGCUUUUGAUGGUGUAUGAGAUGCUUGGAGAAGAAGAGGACAUUGUGAAUCCAUCCAAUGAGCUUCUAAAAGAAGGACAGAUCCUUAAACUAGCUGCUCGAAACACGUCUUCCCAAGAGAGAUAUCUCUUCUUAUUCAACAACAUGCUGUUUUACUGUGUUCCCAAAUUCAGCUUAGUUGGAACAAAGUACUCUGUUCGCACGAAGAUCGGGCUCGAAGGCAUGACGGUGGCAGAAACUCAAAACGAGGAUUAUCCGCACACAUUCCAAAUAUCUGGCAAAGAGCGGACUCUGGAAUUACAAGCCAGCUCCAAGCAAAAUAAAGAAGAGUGGAUUAAGGCUGUACAGAGCGCUGUUGCUGCAUUCCACCAAAGGAACGAAACUUUUAUAAUUGCCAAAAAAAAUGAGGAGGUUCCUCUCGAAGUUUCGAGAGCUGAGCUGGGCAUAAGAGCCCCUCGGUGGAUCAGAGACAACGAGGUUACCAUGUGCAUGAAAUGCAAGGAGCAAUUUAACGCCUUGACGCGGAGAAGGCAUCACUGCCGAGCUUGUGGUUAUGUUGUUUGCUGGAAAUGCUCAGAUUACAAAGCGCCGCUGGUUUAUGACGGAAAUAAAAUGAAUAAAGUUUGCAAAGAUUGUUACGAUAUUUUACGAGGACAUACGGACAGUGAAGAAAAGGAGAAAAAGAGGGGAAUAUUGGAGAUUGAAUCUUCCGAAGUUUCUGGAAACAGUGUGAUAUGCAGCAUUCUCCACUAUAACGAAAAAUCCAAACCGUGGCAAAAAGUGUGGUGCGUUAUCCCCAAAAAUGAAGCUCUUGUUUUGUACAUGUUCGGAGCACCCCAGGAUGUAAAAGCUCAAACCACCAUCCCACUUUUGGGUUAUGGGGUUGAUGAAGCUGGCUGUUCGGACAUGCCACACAGCUUCAAACUCUCCCAGUCCAAGUUUGUCCACAGCUUUUCUGCAGAUAAUGAGGAACUCAAACAAAGAUGGCUGAAGAUUAUCAACAUGGCGGUGAAAGGAGACAUGCCUGAACUUCCUGAGGAAUCGAACAGCUCGUUGGAUGGACAAUCAGAACAGUCUGAGCAGUGAUGCAGAAAGUUUCUACUUGGUAUCAGAAUGAAGAAGCUCCUACUGAAAGCCAGCAUGAAGAUGGAAUUUAUGCUCGAUGAGCCAAAGUCAGCUUGUGUUCUAACCUCAAAGAGACAAAGAGCACGGUGACUUCUGCAGGGCUAUAGAAUAACAAAUGCAAAUGUUCUAUCUUCAAGUUUGUGUUCCAUUCAGCCGUUGAAAUGUAGACUCCUAUGUCCAAAAAGGAGAAAUAACAAAAACUGCUAUUUGACAUAUUUGUUCCUAUAUCAACCUAAGGAAUAGUGGACAAGUCAAUUUGUGACUUUGGAUUUCCAUCUUUCUACCCCAGCUUUAAAUAAAUGGAAAAUGUAUUCUAUUGCACUACAUGGUAUUUUAAGAACAUGCAGGAAGCAAGUAAGAUAUGUUUUCUGGAAUGUAAGACUAUUUUUGGAGAAAAAAGUGCACCUAAAAAUAGCUACAAUUUAGGUUUUGUUUUUCUCCAUAAAAUUUCCCCACAUUAAUUUUGCCUUGUCUUAUAUUCUGAAAAAUACUGUAGAUUCUGGAAUUGGUGGGAUUUGCAUGGUACAUUAUACACCCAGUGGACUAUCUUCGGUUAGGACCUGAUGAAUUUAGACAUUCAAAGAGCGAAGUAAAAAGAUAAUUAUAAUAAUAAUUUUGCCAUCAAUCUAUACAAUAUCCAAAUAAAUGAAGACAUAUUUAAUGUCAAUUUUGCACAUAAAUUAAGCAAUCGUUAGUCAUAAAGGAAAGGCACAAAUGUAAUGGUGAAAAAAAGCACAUAGGGAUUCAAAGUAGGGCCCCGGUCCUGCAGCCUGAGACUUGUGUGAAGACAUGUCUACAUUACACAUUAUAGAUGGAGUUUCAGCCAUACAUCAGCACAACGAGUUAUAAUAAAAUAAUACAUUGCUACCCAUACCAAUAGAAUAUAUUUAUAAAAAACUGUGAAAUUGCCUGGUUUGACCUAGACACUCUUGGUCUGACACCUCAAUGCUGUUUCUUUGAAUUAAACCUCUGUUCUCUGAGCGGUGGAUUCGAUCCUCUUUUUUUCAUGCGGUCAUUACGACUGCCAUUCCCUUUUUUUUGUAGACACUGCCCUUUGCAACUUGCGUCACCCCGUUUUGCUUUACACUAACCCCUUGCUUUGCCUGUAGAACUAACCCACCAGUGGACAGAGUUCGGUGUUUCUGGUAAUAACAUCGAUUUGUCAAACUUGACAAACUCUUAGCAAUUACAGACAGAUUAAAUAAAGUCUGUAUUAUUCGAAAAGUUGCCGUAUUAGAAUAGAUUUAUGGUUCUAGAUUGUUCGGUUUGAAUACUACCUUCCCCAAGACAUAUUUCCUUUUUAAGAAUAGGUAUUUUACAACUUUUGCGGAGCAAUAUGAACGUUAAUUUCCAGCUCCAUAUUCACACAUAUUACCAGCAAUCCAGUCAUCUUUGUAAAAUAAAAAACAGGGGACUCCUCACCUUGCUUCAAACCACCAGCAAUCAAUCAAUGAAAUUAGAGUACACACGAUACCGAGUAUCCAAUCAGUAUUAAACCAUGUUACACACAUGGAAUGCUAACAUUUGAAGCUGGGUUACUCAAAUCCUUUAUUCCCCUGUGGUUAAAAGUGCAAUUUGGAGGCAAAUUUAAAUGAAUUAAAAAUAGUUUGUUGUCUUUAAAGGAUUGGAAGAUGGUUAAGCAGUUUUUAAGAUAUUAUUUAUUUAUUUUUUUGCAAUAAAUUUCAAACUACUGCCCACAUGGGCUUUAUGGCAAACAAAGAAACUGAUUAUUUUUCACACGCAGUGUACCGCGAUGGUCAGAUUGCAACACAGGGUAAAUGGGAAGAAUAGUCAGGUUAGUGAAAUUGGUUUCUUAAAGGUACAAACAAGGACUUUAUUGUCUAAUAAUCUCAUGCAUUGUAGAUAUAUUGCA